AGGAGCGAAUUAUUGUGUUCAUGAACGACUCAUUUAUUUUUCGAACCGAGACCGAAUCGAGCUUAAGCGAGUCGAGUCAAACCGAGUUCACAAGCAGCCGGGCUCAUCUAACACCCCUAGAUGUAGCCAAUAAAAAGCUUUAACGUGUGGAUGUAGGUCAUAAGCUGAGCCACCUUAAUUCUAUGUGUCUCUCUUUCUUAUUCUCAACUCUUUUUCAAAUUAUAUGUUCUUACAUGUAUCAGAGCUUUUUUAUCUUUAGCUAAGCACAUAUAUGAUAAUCAUCUCGUCAAGCUCACCUACAUUGAUGAAGAUCAUUGUGAAAAAUAUUAUUGUCUAAUUUACAAAGAAGAAAGAUAUCCAAAUCAUUAGUUCUAUUCCCUUAGUCAUCCCCGAUGCAUAUUAGGAAAAUAUUCUUACCUUAAGUUUGGAAGUAAUUUCACAUCUUAUCACCGACACCCUCUCAUUUGAGACACUUAUGUCUCAAAAGACUGGAUCCUCCCCUCCACGUGAUGCUCAUCCACCGUUACUGUUUAUGGAAAGCAAGUCAUCUUGAAGACUUGAAGCGAAGAAUCAACACUAAACUUCAAGUUACCCGUUCUCAUCUCAUGAUUACCCGUUCUUCUUCCUUUCACGCUUAUGGAAUCCAGCUGUAUUCCAUGUCUCUGGCCCACGAUUAUUGAAUCCAUCUAUCGCUUGCCACGCCCGUGACUCUUCCCUAUUCCUAUCACUUUUACCGAACACUUUUCUUACCUUUUCACUCUUGACAUUCACUUUCUUUUCCUUUAAAGACCCCUCGUCACUCUUCAGAUCCAUCACACCCCAUCACUCUUCAGUCUUCAGAUCAGAUCCUCCCACAGACUUGGCAUUCCGAUGAGCUGCGAAGUUGUUUCUUUAGCGAUGGUGAUUAAGAAGACUCCGGUUGGGCAGUUCUUACAGUUGAAGUCUUGGCAGCCGCACAAACUCUGGAACCUUUGUUGAAGAAAUCUGUUGCUUCCAAAAUUGGAAAAGAUGGCAGAUAAAAAGCCACCCAAAUCGCACAGUAAAACACCUUCCAUCAAAGUUUCUCCAAGACACCCAGUAAACUUUCCCCAGCAAACAUCUGGUUAUGUUCCCAUAAGUCCUGGUCAAAACUUGUUUUAUGUCGAACCCAAUAUGAGUCAUCUUGAGUCACCAGAAGAUUUAGCCAAAGCUUACUUUCCUCCAUCAUGGCAUUUUGCCCCUGUUCAUCCUGCAAAGUCACCUGCAUAUUAUAGAGAUAUUCUCCGUGAUACAGAGUCAAUCCGUAUUAAAUCUACCUAUGAUAAGAGUGAUCAAACCAAACUCAUUCACCAUUCCCUUUAUAUCCACAAAAUUGUCAGUCAAAAAGAUUGGGGAUCUCAUCCCUACACCCUUCGAAAUCUCAAUAAUCAUCCAAUCCAAUACAGUUAUCAUGAUUAUAUUGAUGCUUGGUAUAAAAUUCUUUUAUACCAAAACGAAAAUUUUAGUCAUUCAUGGUCAAUCAAUUUUGAUAAAAAAUUCAGAGGACAAUUUCCUUUAUGGUUUCUAAGUUGGUGGUCAGCUCAUGGACCUGUCCAUGAAUUAAUUCCUGCUCAGUUACAGGACUCGGUCAUAUACUUCUCCACAGUUUUCAAUUGGAGCGAGCAUAAAGCCAAGUUCCCAAUACUGAUGCACUUUAUGGGUAAAUACAAAGUGCCCUGGAUCCUCAAAUGGCACUAUGAAGUCAAUUCAGACGUAGUCACCAGACGCUUCUCAGUAAAAUGGUGGGAAAAAUUCAACCAUGAUCGAAUUAUCUCCCAAGUUAAUUCUGAAUUCCCUUUGGUCAAUCUGGAGCUCCCCAAGCCUUCCAGAUUGAAUACAUGUGCUUCAUCUUCCCUCUCAAUCGAAGGAAGAUCUAAGUCUAAGUUAAAAGAACUGGCAACACAGUUCAAAGGAAGAUCUAAGUCUAAGUUAAAAGAAAUUUUGCAACAAGUAAUCCAAAUGGGAGAAGACGAAGAUGAGAGUACUUCUCCAGCCUCUUCUGAAGCUCCUUCAACUGGUCAAGCAAUGGGAGAAGACGAAGAUGAGUACUUCUUCAACCCCUUCUGAAGCUUCUUCAACUAGUAAAGCAAUCAAGAAAAUCUGCAGCUCCCCAAGCCUGCCAGAUUUAAUACAUUCGUUUCAUCUUCCUUCUCAAUCGAAGGAAGAUCUAAGUCUGAGUUAAAAGAACUGGCAAGACAGUUCUGAAUUCCCUUUGGUCAAUCUGCAGCUUCCCAAGCCUGCCAGAUUUAAUACAUUCUCUUCCUCUUCCCUCUCAAUCGGAGGAAGAUCUAAGUCUGAGUUAAAAGAACUCGCAAGAAAGUUCUAAAUUCCCUUUGGUCAAUCUGCAGCUCCCCAAGCCUGCUAGAUUGAAUACAUUCGCUUCAGCUUCCCUCUCAAUCGAAGGAAGAUCUAAGUCUGAGUUAAAAGAACUGGCAACUUAGUUUAUGCUACAAGUAAACCAAAUGGGAGAAGACGAAGAUGAGAGUACUUCUCCAGCCUCUUCUUAAGCUUCUUCAACUAGUCAAGCAAUGGGAGAAGACGAAGAUGAGUACUUCUUCAACCCCUUCUGAAGCUUCUUCAACUAGUAAAGUAAUCAAGAAAAUGCAACUCCAGUUAGACCCAUAUUUUCAAGAUGGUCAAGAUUCUUAAGACUAAAACAGUCUUCUAUCAUCCAACUUCAACAGCACAAUACUGUUGACAGGAUAAGGCAAAAAUAGUCACCAUAUUAUGAAUAGUGACUUUUUACUAUUCAUCCAUUAGUCAAAAAUUUCCUUUCGGUGCGAUAUAUCUAAAGGAAAAGCAAAAGUAAAAGCAGAAGGAAUUUACUUUCGUUGCUGCAUUCAGUCAAUCCAAGCUAGACUCCAAUAAUUCCAGAGCAGUCUCCAGCCUAUUUAAGGACCUCCUAUCAGAAGUUGAAGGCAAGCUGAAGAACAACCCAAAUUCAAUUCUCUAAGAUCCUUUGUAUCUCACAAAAUAUUUUAUCCUAUUUCCCUUUGUAAACACUAAGCAGUCUUAGUUAUCAUGUACUCGAAAGUUUUCUGAUUUCAAAUAGUCAACCGAGUAAUUUUAAGUA